GGGUUGGGUGGGAGGAGAUCCGCUGGCACACACGAGGAGGAGGGUUGAGCUGCCGCCGCCGCUGUCGUGAGUGCGGAGUCGGGACUGUAGCUGCCGCCGCGGCGACGCCGGGGAUCGUGUCGUUAGCGCCCGGCCCUUCUGCCUCGCCGCCUUUGCCGGGUCAGCGCGGCCUGCUCCUCCCCGGUCGGUCGCCCCCACCUCCAUUUCCCGCCCUCUCUUCACCACACACACGGCCCCCCCGAUCAUGGAUCCGGGUAGUGGCGGCGGCGGCGGUGGCGGCGGUGGCGACGGGAGCAGCAGCGGCAGCAGCAGCAGCGAGUCGGCGCCCGACUGCUGGGACCAGGCGGACAUGGAAGCCCCCGGGCCGGGCCCGUGUGGCGGCGGCGGUGGCCCCAUGGCGGCGGCGGGGGCCGAGGCCCAGCGUGAGCACCUCAGUGCGGCCUUCAGCCGGCAACUCAACGUCAACGCCAAGCCCUUCGUGCCCAACGUCCACGCCGCCGAGUUCGUGCCGUCUUUCCUCCGUGGUCCGGCCCAGGCUCCGCCACCUUCUGCUGGCGCCGCCACCAACAACCACGGAGCCGGCAGCGGCGCGGGAGGCCCUUCGGCACCUGUGGAAUCCUCUCAAGAGGAACAUUCGUUGUGUGAAGGUUCAAAUUCAGCCGUUAGCAUGGAACUUUCAGAACCUGUUGAAAAUGGAGAGACAGAAAUGUCCCCAGAAGAAUCAUGGGAGCACAAAGAAGAAAUAAGUGAAGUAGAGCCUGGGGGUGGUUCCUUGGGAGAUGGAAGGCCACCAGAGGAAAGUGCCCAUGAAAUGAUGGAGGAGGAAGAGGAAAUACCAAAACCUAAAUCUGUGGUUGCACCACCAGGUGCUCCUAAAAAAGAACAUGUAAAUGUAGUAUUCAUUGGGCAUGUAGAUGCUGGCAAGUCAACCAUUGGAGGACAAAUAAUGUAUUUGACUGGAAUGGUUGACAAAAGGACACUUGAAAAGUAUGAAAGAGAAGCUAAAGAAAAAAACAGAGAAACUUGGUACUUGUCUUGGGCCUUAGAUACAAAUCAGGAAGAACGAGACAAGGGUAAAACAGUAGAAGUGGGUCGUGCCUAUUUUGAAACCGAAAAGAAGCAUUUCACAAUUCUAGAUGCCCCCGGCCACAAGAGUUUUGUCCCAAAUAUGAUUGGUGGUGCCUCUCAAGCUGAUUUGGCUGUGCUGGUAAUCUCAGCCAGGAAAGGAGAGUUUGAAACUGGAUUUGAAAAAGGAGGACAGACAAGAGAACAUGCAAUGUUGGCAAAGACAGCAGGUGUAAAACACUUAAUUGUGCUCAUUAAUAAGAUGGAUGAUCCAACAGUAAAUUGGAGCAAUGAGAGAUAUGAAGAAUGUAAAGAGAAACUGGUGCCAUUUUUGAAAAAAGUUGGCUUCAAUCCCAAAAAGGACAUUCACUUUAUGCCCUGCUCAGGACUGACUGGAGCAAAUCUCAAAGAGCAAUCAGAGUUCUGCCCUUGGUACAUCGGAUUACCAUUUAUUCCAUAUCUGGAUAAUUUGCCAAACUUCAAUAGAUCAGUUGAUGGACCAAUCAGGCUGCCAAUUGUGGAUAAGUACAAGGACAUGGGCACAGUGGUCCUGGGAAAGCUGGAAUCAGGAUCUAUUUGUAAAGGCCAGCAGCUCGUGAUGAUGCCAAACAAGCACAACGUGGAAGUUCUUGGAAUACUUUCUGAUGAUGUAGAGACUGAUACUGUAGCCCCAGGUGAAAACCUCAAAAUCAGACUGAAAGGAAUUGAAGAAGAGGAGAUUCUUCCUGGAUUCAUACUUUGUGAUAUUAAUAAUCUUUGUCAUUCUGGACGUACAUUUGAUGCCCAGAUAGUGAUUAUAGAGCACAAAUCCAUCAUCUGCCCAGGGUAUAAUGCGGUGCUGCAUAUUCACACCUGUAUUGAGGAAGUGGAAAUAACAGCCUUAAUCUGCUUGGUAGACAAAAAAUCAGGAGAAAAAAGUAAGACUCGACCCCGUUUUGUGAAGCAAGAUCAAGUAUGCAUUGCUCGUUUAAGGACAGCAGGGACCAUCUGCCUUGAGACCUUUAAAGACUUCCCUCAGAUGGGUCGUUUUACCUUAAGAGAUGAGGGUAAGACCAUUGCAAUUGGAAAAGUUCUGAAACUGGUUCCAGAGAAAGACUAAGCAUUUUCUUGAUGACCCUGCACAAUACUGUGAGGAAAAUUGACUGCAAAAGCCUACUUCACACCGCCUUCUCUUAUUUUCUGCCCAUUGAUAAACCUCUCCCCAUAUUUUGCAAAGAGAAAAUUCACAGCAAAAGUCCACAUUAUGUCAGCUUUCUCAUAUUGAGAGCUCUGCUAUGCCACUGUUGAAUUUUUCCCCCCUUUCAAACUCUGCUUCCUUGGACAGAUUUGGCAAUAGCUUUGUAAGUGAUGUGGACAUAAUUGCCUACAAUAAUGAAAACCUACAGGAAUUUUUUUAUUUUUCAUUUUCCCCUUAGGCAUAUUUAGUAAUUUUUCCCCAGGCAGAUCAUUCUGAGUGUGCGAGUGUGUGUGCACAUGUUACAAAGACAACUACCAUGUUAAUAAAAUAUUCAAUUUGAAAUCCUUUUCGGUAUCUGAAUUGCUUUUGAAUAGUGUUUUUUAUCUGGAUGUAACAUUGUUGCAUUAGCUUUUUAACUUUACCAAGUAAUUGAAUACAUUUUAUUACUUGGACUUUUCUAAACUCUUUCCCUACCCACUCCUUUAAAUGAGGCAUUUACAAUGUUCAAGUUUUUAUUAAAGGAAAGGAUUAGUUUGAUCCCUUCUUUUGAUGGUCAGUGCAUACAUACAAUUGAAUCCCUUUAUCCAGCUGUGACACUGCUUUACUAGGUUUAUCAGUUAUUUUCUGCCAAUUUAUAUUUUAACAUGAUUUCUUAAAUACAGUAAAUUGUAAAAUAAAAGAACAGCAUACUGUAGUUUUUAUAAGUAAAGCUUAAUGAAAUUGUACCCCUACAAAAAUUCUAUUAACUCAUUAAAUUAGUGGAAUUUACAAUAAAGAAAGCAUGUUAAGACCUGGCAAAAAUGCCUCUUUUAGUAUUUAUAAGAGCUGCAUGCAUCUCGUAGGAAAACUGUAUCUGUUGCAAGUGCCAGUUCUACAAGUACUCAGUUUAUUCUUCCUAUCAGUAACUUUAAAGGUUGAAUGAUCCUUGCUGGUUAAUGCUAAAUCUAUCCAGCAACUAAAUGAACACAUAUAUAGAAUCAUCAGAAUCUGCACAGACUCAAAUUACCAGUGAUAAAUAGAAUCAAGCACAGUAUGAGUUUUAUCUCAGUUAUUUAAAAUUGAGUUUUCUUAAGUAUAAAGAUCAAAUUUGCUAACCAUGAUUUGGAUGAACCACAGUGCAGCAUUGUGGUGUUUUCUAGAUUGAAGGGUGACUUUCUCCUGUAACUAUCAUGACUUUGAGAUUUUUCAUGAGAACUGGAAGAGACAAUUUCUGGGUUUAUCAGAAGCCCCAUUGAUGUUGAGUGUUGGCCAUUUAUCAAAGACUUGGCCUCUUUUAGAUUGUGAUUUAUCUCUACAUAAGAUACUUUGUAGUUGUAUAUUUAAUGACAAAUCCCUUUCCCAUAAUCUUGCUCCUCAGAAAAGAAAAGCCUAGUCAGAGUGUAUUUUUAGUUGUGAAACAUAAAACUUAACCUAAUAGUGUUUUCUUAACUAUGGAAUUCCCAUUUGUUUCACGAAUGAGGCUACAUCUUAUGGACAGAGCAAAGUUAUUGUCCUGCAGCUUCUUUUAACUAUACUUAUGGCCAUUAGAUUGCAUGAAAUUUAAAUAAAUUUUAUUAUGUCUGCAAAUUUCUGGGCUUUUAUUUUUCUGGGAAAUACACGAGCUUUAAGCAAAACCGAUUAGUUUCUUUUGUAGUUCUAUGUUAAUAACAAAUAAUAGCAAUUGCUUGGAUUUCGAUAUUUAAAAGUUCAAGAAUCACUAAAUUUUUUCCAAAGGUAUUUCCCCUUUUAAAUUGAACACAUUUUUAAAAAAACUAUGUUUGCUAUUAAAAUAUUUACCUGUUAGAAUAUUAUGUACAUGUUGCCAAGACUCUUAAGUAAAACAACGUGGAUAUCAACUGUGAAGGGCUUACCUCUUAAAAAGCAACAGAUAAUAAAUAAAAAUACAAAAGUAAUUAUACAAAUUACAUUGGAUUCUUGCACAUUUGCAAGAUUAGAUUCAGAAGAAAUUCCAAUGUUAAAGUUAAUCAACACCAUACAUUUUAUGGACUUUAAAAUUGAGAAGCGUUCCUGCUUAAAGGUGAUACAUUUAAACUCCUGGUUACACUGGCUAGUCAUCUGAAUAAGGAAAUAAGUCUGAGAUGAAUUGGCAACAUGGGAGAUGUUGGACCUUUAAAGAGCAAUAGAAAUUCCUGUGUUGUCAUUCUGAUUUCUGCAAGUACAAAUGUGUUUAUAUGCUCGACAAUGCAAAAUAGGCUAGCUGACUGCAUAUUUAGGGUAUUACAGACCUAAAUAUUUUUUUCUCUAUCAUAGAUAUGUUUGAAUCAUGAUUUUCUUUGUAUCUUUCACAUUGAUGUUCUUUAUACAGCUUUCAUGCUAGGUUAUUUAAUUAGUUUUUUAAAUUAAUAAAGUGAAUUUAAGAAAUAAUUGAAAUACACUAAUGUAAUUGCCAUUUUAAACCCAUAUUUCUUAACUUUGGGAGAAGGGAAAAUAUAGCAUUUAUUUGUUUUUAAUUUACAAAAUGAACUUAUCCAGUGAAAAAUCUAUGUAAAGUCAAACCAAAAGAGUUGGACCGCAUGUAUAUUAUCAUGAAAUUAAGUGACAAAUAGUAAAGUGUUCUUGAAUAAUUAAGCCCAUGUAUAUUUUGUUUUGAAUUAGACUUGGGAUAUGUGGUAAUUGAAUGUAAAAAUUUUGUAAGCUGUAAUAGUACAGGUUGUUCACUGUAACGAGUUAACUCCUACUUGUCUGCUGGUUAUAUAAACUACAAGAACUUUUACAAUAUGGGACUUUGAACUGUGAUGCAGUUGAACAAUUACUGGCAUCCUCUCAGCUGAAGUGCUACAAAUAUUUUGGGUCAUUUUUGCAAUCAGAUGCAGUUUUGCAACCCAAGAAAAAGUUGAACCUAUCAUCAAAAAACUGCUCCCAAGAUGAACUUUGGAAAAAAAAUCAGCUAAACUCCCCCAGCAAUCCUCAAGAACACUAUUUAUGACUGUAACAACUCCUGGAUCUUUGAUGACUAUUAUACAUGAGAGCAGCCUAGCACCUUUCCUUACUGGCAUGGAAUUCUUCACGGACUACUACUUGAUGGAUUCAAGUGAAGCUUGAUGGAUUCAAGUGAAGCUUGAUGGAUUCAAUGAGCUAGCUUCAUUGCUUUGGGUAGGGAUUUAAGGUAUUUGAGGGACAAAUACGCAGUUUUGAUUAUAGCUCUUAACAUCAGGCAACUUUCUACCUUUAAACUCUUUGUGAAAAUUCUGGAUAUAGCACCUAGCUCUGACUGUAGGAUGAUUAAAUGUUAAUUCAGUGUUGGCCUACCUUAUCAGAAUAAACUGUGCCAUUAAUCCUCUCACAGAUGUGUAAGGUAGAUAGCAAUCAACUGGACUUGGGGAAUGAUUAUCUGUCUCCAAAUAAUAUGGCUUUUAUUUCUUCCAGUUAACUUUUUCAGUGAUUGUAACAGAUCAAAUACAUUCUGAUACCCAUCUAAUACAUUAAUGAUCUUGUUUCUUUCUUUAGAGAUCUUGCCAUGGCAGCAACUUGUUAAAUAAGUGUAAUUUUGUAUGCACAACUCAAAAGACUUAAUAGAUUUAAAUGUAGUAGUCAAUUGGUUAUAUUAGAUUUCAUAGUAAAUGGAAUAGGAAGUGGUUUUAUUUUCCAAUAGUAGUUGAGUGGAUUCCAUUGAACCAAUUUAUUGCCAGAAUUCAGAUAGGGUAGAUUUGGUUCAACUUUUGGUGAUUUUGGCUCUAGGAUAUUCUUAUCAAUAUCCUAGAACUUCCUGAGUCUUCCCUUCAAUAAAUACAGUUAUCAACAUACCUCUAAUCCUAUGCUUCCUUGAAACAGUAAUAUGCUAGCUGAAUUGUUUAAUAAGGAUUAUUAUAAGGGCCUAGAGUUGUGGGAGUGGAGAUGAAAAUCUUUUCUUCUCCAGUAUAAGGGAAAAGCAGAUUGGCACGAUGUCUGAUUAGGCAGAAACACCAGGAUUUAAGAAACCCUUGAAAUGGUAAUUGUCUUUUCUGCCUUGUCAACAUUUGCCUCUGUGCCCUUUAAAACAAUGUGGAAACCUCAGGUUUGUGGACGCACAGGUGGAGUGACAUUUUGUGCUUCCUAAGGCCCCCCUCUGCUGGGCACAUUAGCUUAGUGCUUCAGAUGUCAGCCCAAGUCCUUGCUACCUCCUCUUCCUGCUGCCCAGGGAAGAGUGUGUGUGCUGGAGCCAAGCCCUCGCACUCCUCAGGUGAUCAUCCUCACCUCCAUUUCCUCCACACGCGUUAGGUGAAACAGGUCUGAGCCUGCAAGGUCUGCAUCUUAAGGACUACAAAUUGGGCGCUCAGAAACGUACACACCUCUUAGUUAACUGGUUUCUUCUGUUCUAAAGGAAAUGUGGCUAUCUCUCAGGCCAGGAUUUAGUGACUAGUUUUCACUAAAUAGCAGGUUAAUACCUAGAUCUCAUUUUUUAAAAACAGAGGAUUAAAGGGAACUGAUUAGGUUUGCUGAGUGUUUUAGCCUAAUUCCAAAGCAUGGAAGAGUGCUCUAGGUAAGACAAAAACCUUUCUCUUCUGAUUUGUAGCUACCUACUGUGCCUGACUUGGUGCCUGUGUGAGGAUUAACCCCUUAGUCUGCUCUUGCAAUUAUUCAAAUGACUAAAGUUAAAUUUGCUUUUGUAAUAACAAUAAAAGUUCUCAUCUUCCCUUUUGAA